AUGCUCACGCUCGAGCUCGAGGACUUUGCUUCUACGAGCGACUGCACGCUCGAAGCGCUCGCCCAUGUCGCCGUGUCGCUGGCAGACUCAUCGGCGCAGGUCGUCGCGGCGGUGGGCGCUGGCAUCUCGACGAGCGCAGGCAUCCCGGACUUUCGCGGUUCUUGCGGGAUCUACUCCUCCUCGUCCCCCACUUCGUCUCUCUCGUCGCCGCAUCCUCCUCCUUCCACUCCGCGCUCGUCGCAGGCGACCAAACACCUCUUCUCCUACUCGUCGCUUGUUCAUCCCGAAUCUCGCAGCGAGCAUUUUCGGUUCAUGGGGGACUUGCGAAAGGCGGCGCGGAAGGCUGGCAAGGGGAAGGAACGCGCCGACGAGCCGCCGACGGCCUUUCACGGACUGAUGAAGCGUCUGGAGCGGUCGGACAAGCUCAUGCGCGUAUGGAGCCAAAACGUUGAUGGGCUGGAAAGACAAGCGGGACUCGAUUUCGUCGACUUUGACGACCCGUCUUUGCUUGAUGCACGGCAAGGCGACAAUUCUUACGACUCGCCGGACGAGGAGAGUUCGUCAGAUUACGAGCGACCAGACUGGACGCCCAUUCGCCGCGGCAGGAAACGCCGACGACUCUCGCCUCUUCCCCUUUCCCUACACCCGCCUCUCUCGUCUGCGACGUCUGAGCGAGGCAAGGUCGUCGCACUGCAUGGCUCGUUGGACGAGGUUGUGUGUGGCGUCUGUCGCUGGAGGGAGAAGUGGCGGAAACGGCAUUCGAAGGCUUUCAGGAAGGGCAAGGCGCUCCCUUGUCCGCAAUGUCGAGGUCGAGCCCACUCCCGCCUACAACGCUCGAAGCGCCUCGUCACGCCCUCCCCUCUCUCCUCCCUCCGCCCUUCGAUUCUCCUCUACGACGACUCCACCACCUCCGUCUCCUCCCUCUCCUCCCUGAUCUCCUCCCUCGCCGCCUCAGACCUUUCAGCCGGACCGGACUGCCUCAUCGUCGCUGGAACAUCCCUGCGCAUCCCGGGGUUUCGGAGGAUCGUGAAGGAUGUUGCGAGGGCUGUGAGGAAGCGUAAGGGGGUUUGCGUGUUUGUGAAUGGGGAGAAGGUGGGGAAGGAGUGGGAUGAGGUGUUUGAUUAUCACUUCCUCGGCUCUACCGACACUUUCGCGACCGCCAUCUCCUCGUUUCUCGACACCUUCUCUCCCCUCCCCUCGCAAGACUCCCUCUCUGCUACUCUCUCCUCCCCAGCCCCCUCGCCGCGUCCCGUUCUCCCCCCGCUCCCUUCCCCUCCGCCACUUCCCGCCUCGUCCGCUGCUUCAGAAGCUGGAUGGUCCAUCCCCCAUACGCCACCUUCCAGCGUCGUGGAAUUGUCGUCGCCUUGUGCGCGGCACGAGCAGAAGGAGAAGAAGAAGAAGGAGCGCGGGAGGAAGCGGAGGAGGGAGAUUGAGCGCGCAGGUCCGGACAGCGGCGAGACGAAGAAGAAGCGGAGGAGUAAAGAGAGCGAAGGAGGAGAAAGGGGGCGUGAGGGGUCUGCCCCUCCUGCCUCUCCCUCAAUCACGCCUCUUCUCCCAACUUCCGCGCCCGCACUCUCCUCACUCCCAACCGCCUCUCCCGACUUGACGAGCGAUAUGAGCAUCGCCGAGCUUCUGUGCCUCGUCGAGCGCCACACGCGUCGAGAAGCGCGCGCGCGACGCAGACUGUCGAAGGCUGCGAAGAUGAGCGAGGGGCUGUAG